AUGGUGAAGAGCAACGCUGCACGGGCGGGUAGGAAGAAAAAGAUCAAGAUCAAGCGCAUCAAGAAGACGGAUGCACGCGACGUUUGCUUCUCCAAACGUCGUCAAGGCCUAUUUAAUAAAGCCGGUGAGAUCUCACUGCUAUGUAAUGCUGAUGUAGCUGUGGUCACGCUCUCUCGUGAUGGUAAGGGCUUCUCCUAUGGCCAUCCCUCAGUCGGUGCUAUCGCUGACCGCUUAGCCGACAUGGCCAUCGUCGCUCCCAGCAACCCUUCCUCCUUAGGUGGUGGUGACACCCAUGAUAGCAGUGACACCAUGCAACAGAUGAAGCUUCAAUUUGUGGAGAUGCAAAACUCGAUGGAAAGCAUGGAGAACAAACGGACGACUGUGCUGGAGAAGAUUGAAAAUGAGAAGGUAGAUCUUAUGCAUUUGUUGAAUACUCAACCUAAUGUUCUUGGGAUUGAGGAAUCGAAGGAGCUCUAUGACAAACUGUCAGCACUCCAGAGUACUGUUCGCGCACAGAUCCGCCAGAAAUUGAGUGAUGCAGGAGUAACUAGUUCUACAAUGCCAUUGCCUGAUCAGCCGCCUGUGGAAAUGGCUGCAGGGUCAUCACAGUUCCACUUUGAAGGGCAGGGUGUCACACCUGCUAAUACUCAUCUUCCAGCUGAAAUCAGCUAUGGCCUGACUACUGAUGAGAUUUUUGGAGCUAAUGACUUGCUAAUUCCUGGUGUCCAGGAUGGUGGUGGCUUUGGGGACUGCCCCAGUAGCCAAUUUGGAUGGUGA